GCUCUACGCUAGUAGCGUACGUGCCGUGUUGUACGUAGCCAUAUGCACGCAGGGGGAGUGAGAGGAGCAUGAAUGGAGCAAAAUGGCGGAUCAUGUGCAGAGCCUAGCCCAGCUAGAGAUCCUGUGUAAGCAGCUGUAUGAGACGACAGACACGAGCACGCGACUGCAGGCCGAGAAAGCGCUCGUCGAGUUCACCAACAGUCCAGAGUGUCUGAGUAAAUGCCAGCUGCUACUGGAGAGAGGCAGUUCAUCUUAUUCUCAGCUGCUUGCAGCCACGUGCCUCUCCAAGCUGGUGUCUCGCACAAGCAACCCUCUGCCACUGGAACAGCGCAUCGACAUCCGUAAUUACGUGCUGAACUACCUGGCGACGCGGCCGAAGCUCGCCGCGUUUGUGACUCAGGCUCUGAUUCAGCUCUACGCCCGGAUCACUAAACUCGGCUGGUUCGACUGUCAGAAAGAGGAUUACGUCUUCAGGAAUGUCAUCGUGGACGUCACACGGUUCCUGCAGGACAGCGUUGAGCACUGCAUUAUCGGAGUCACGAUUCUUUCCCAGUUAACCAAUGAGAUUAACCAAGUAAGUUUCACCGCCAGCCUCCACGAUGCCGAUACGACGCAUCCGCUUACAAAACACAGGAAGAUUGCGUCAUCAUUCCGAGAUUCUUCUCUGUUUGAUAUCUUCACACUUUCCUGUAAUCUCCUCAAACAGGCAUCAGGAAAGAACUUGAACCUGAACGAUGAAGGUCAGCACGGUUUGCUAAUGCAGCUCCUGAAACUCGCGCACAACUGCCUCAACUUCGAUUUCAUCGGCACGUCCACAGACGAGUCCUCAGACGACCUGUGCACCGUCCAGAUCCCCACCAGCUGGAGAUCAGCCUUCCUGGACUCGUCGACACUGCAGCUGUUUUUCGAUCUGUACCAUUCCAUCCCUCCAUCUCUCUCUCCCCUGGUUUUAUCAUGCUUAGUUCAGAUCGCAUCGGUCCGGCGUUCUCUGUUCAACAAUGCUGAGAGAGCCAAAUUCCUUUCCCAUCUAGUCGAUGGAGUUAAGAGAAUAUUGGAGAACCCACAGAGUUUAUCGGACCCAAAUAAUUAUCAUGAGUUUUGCCGUUUGCUGGCCCGACUGAAGAGUAACUAUCAGCUCGGCGAGUUGGUGAAAGUGGAGAAUUACCCAGAAGUUAUCAGACUUAUCGCAAACUUCACUGUCACCAGCUUACAGCACUGGGAGUUUGCGCCCAACAGCGUUCACUACCUGUUGAGUCUGUGGCAGCGCCUUGCCGCAUCCGUGCCCUAUGUUAAAGCCACAGAGCCUCACAUGCUGGAGACGUUCACACCCGAAGUGACCAAAGCUUACAUCACGUCUCGUCUGGAGUCCGUUCACAUCAUCCUGAGGGACGGGAUGGAGGAUCCUCUGGAUGACACCGGUUUGGUGCAGCAGCAGCUGGAUCAGCUCUCCACUAUCGGCCGCUGCGAAUACGAGAAAACCUGCGCCCUGCUCGUCCAGUUGUUCGACCAAUCGGCGCAGUCGUACCAAGAGCUCCUCCAAUCAAAUUCCAGCAGCAUGGAUGCUGCCGUGCAGGAGGGUCGUUUAACGUGGUUGGUAUACAUUAUCGGGGCUGUUAUCGGGGGCAGGGUUUCCUUCGCUAGCACAGAUGAGCAGGAUGCCAUGGAUGGAGAGCUUGUGUGCCGUGUUUUGCAGCUUAUGAACCUGACGGAUUCUCGACUUGCUCAGGCCGGGAAUGAGAAACUAGAGCUGGCCAUGCUCAGCUUUUUCGAACAAUUCCGAAAAAUCUACAUUGGAGACCAGGUGCAAAAAUCCUCUAAGCUGUACCGGCGGCUUUCAGAGGUGCUGGGACUCAACGAUGAGACAAUGGUGCUCAGUGUGUUUAUCGGCAAAAUAAUCACUAAUCUGAAGUAUUGGGGACAGUGUGAACCAAUCACCUCCAAAACACUACAACUUCUCAACGAUCUCUCCAUUGGGUACAGCAGUGUGAGGAAACUGGUGAAGCUCAGCGCCGUCCAGUUCAUGCUCAACAACCACACGAGUGAACACUUCUCCUUCCUGGGUGUAAACAAUCAGUCCAAUCUGAGCGAUAUGAGAUGCAGAACCACGUUUUACACAGCGUUAGGACGCCUGCUCAUGGUCGAUCUUGGUGAGGAUGAGGACCAGUUCGAGCAGUUUAUGCUUCCACUGACUGGUGCAUUUGAAGCCAUCGCUCAGAUGUUCAGCACAAACACCUUCAACGAGCAGGAAGCCAAGAGGACGUUGGUGGGUUUGGUGAGGGACCUGAGGGGAAUCGCCUUUGCCUUUAAUGCCAAAACCAGCUUUAUGAUGCUCUUUGACUGGAUCUACCCAUCGUACAUCCCAAUCCUUCAGCGAGCAAUAGAGCUGUGGUAUCACGUUCCAGCCUGCACAACACCCGUGCUCAAACUCAUGGCUGAGCUUGUACAUAACAGGUCUCAGAGGUUACAGUUCGACGUCUCCUCGCCAAACGGGAUCCUGCUUUUCCGAGAAACUAGCAAAAUGAUAACGACGUACGGGAACCGCAUCCUGACUCUGGGUGAAGUGCCGAAGGAGCAGGUGUACGCACUGAAGCUGAAGGGAAUUUCCAUCUGUUUCUCCAUGCUGAAAGCAGUGCUCAGCGGAAACUACGUCAAUUUCGGCGUUUUUCGUCUCUACGGCGACGAUGCACUCGAUAACGCUCUUCAAACCUUCAUUAAACUGCUGCUGUCCAUCCCACACAGCGACCUGCUGGACUAUCCAAAGCUCAGUCAGUCAUAUUAUUCUCUGCUGGAGGUGCUGACGCAGGAUCAUAUGAACUUUAUCGCAAGCCUCGAACCUCACGUUGUCCUGUACAUUCUGUCAUCCAUUUCAGAAGGACUCACAGCUCUUGAUACGAUGGUGUGUACAGGCUGCUGUUCGAGCCUCGAUCACAUAGUGACGUAUUUGUUCAAGCAGCUAUCACGUAGCACCAAGAAGAGAGCAGCGCCCAUGGCUCAGGAGAGCGACCGCUUCUUCCACAUCAUGCAGCAACACCCAGAGAUGAUCCAGCAGAUGCUCUCCACUGUACUGAAUAUCAUCAUUUUUGAAGACUGCAGGAAUCAGUGGUCCAUGUCUCGGCCUCUGCUCGGCCUCAUCUUACUAAACGAGAAAUAUUUUGCAGAUUUAAGAAACAGCAUUGUGAACAGUCAGCCUCCAGAGAAACAGCAGGCCAUGCACUUAUGCUUCGAAAAUCUAAUGGAGGGAAUCGAGCGCAACUUACUUACUAAAAACCGUGACAGGUUCACGCAGAAUCUUUCAGUAUUUAGAAGAGAAGUGAACGACUCCAUGAAGAAUUCCACGUACGGUGUCAACAGCAACGACAUGAUGAGCUGACAUUCCACUCUGCUGCAGGCUCCGCCCACUCAACUAGACCCCGCCUCUAGGGCCCGCAGGCCCCUCCCUCUUCUCCCCCCACACACUCCACUCUUCCUUCCUCCCUUUUUAUAUAUACACAUAUAAAUAUAUACAUAUUUUAAAGCCAGUUUCCAGAACCCAUGAAAGUGAGGAACGGUGUGUAUCGGGAGUGUGGAGUUGUGUGGUGUGUGUGUGUGGGUGUGUGGGUGGAUCGGAACAGGGUUUGUGUGUGUGUGUGAGAGAGAGAGAGAAAGUAGUGUAUUAAAUGCUAUGAUAUGGGAAUGUAGAUUGGCAUCAGCUCGUGUUUAGAGUGUGUGGUGUGUUUUUUCAGCUCUGUGGGGUGAUAAGGGAAGUGGGAAACCUGAGUGUGUGUGUGUGUGUGUGUGUGUGUGUGAGGGGGAAGGGGGCGAGCUGCUCUGCUUCUGCCUGCCUUGUAUAGAAACACGCAAGAGGAGAAAGUGUACAUUUUUUUUGUCAUAACAAUUUUUGAUGAUGUUUAUAAUGAUUACAAAAUUAAGGACAAAAAAAAAAACCUAGAAAAAUGUGUGAUUGGGUAAAACGAGAUCUUUUUACAGUGUAGUUAGUGCAGCUGUGCUGAAAGUGUGGCUUGUCUGUGUGGAGAGACAGAAUGACUGAAGGAUUUGAUCUGUGUUUGUGUUGAGAAUUAGGGAAUUAGAGGAUUUACAGGUUUUAAAUGAUGUACAUUUUCCUCAAGAUGAACCUGAAGGAAGAGCAAAAGGCGCCAGAAACUGUAAAUAAAUGUUUUUUUUGCCGUGCAGCAAUGCCUGUUCAUGGCCACCAGGGGGCACUUGUGUGGCGUAUCAGUUUGUUAAGGCAACGUGUUUCAAUAACAGGUCUUAAAACAAUCUAUUGAGUUUGUGGCAUCUUCAUUUAGAGUGUAUGUCCUGCUUUUAGCCACCCACGUUGAGUUCCCCUGCUGACUGAAGCGUUUUGACAUUUUUCGAUGCUCGACUUGAUUCAUUCCAACUCUGUCAUCUACAUCCCAAUUAGCAGGGUAAAGUUCAGAUAUUAUGUGAGGAAUAAACAUUUAUUUGAGCAUGGACAAUCAGAUUUCUGAAAUAUUUAUUGCUCCUGUUUGAAACUUAAACAAUUUCAUCACUCAUUUAGUUGUUUUACAAAGGGAACCUGUCGGAUUGAAAUUCCUUCUGAACUCUUCGUUCUCUGAAUCUUAAUAGCUGAUGUUUCAGUUGGAGUGGGAAUCAACCAAGGGGGAAGUCAACAAGGGCGUGUUAAAAACAAAGACGUAAGGCGGGAGCAACCCGUUCUUUGUCUGAAGGACUGCAAAGUACAAAAUGACUAAUGAUUGUGGAGGAAUUCGAUCAGCCUGCUCAUGUUAUCACCAAUUCUCUUUCUUUUUUUUUCUUUUUUUUUAAUCCCACAAACUGGUGCCCCCUUCGAGUUCACGACGGUGUACUUACAGAAACAAAAAAAACCCACACAACUUGGUACUAAACAUUAUUAAAGCAAGAGCUGAUCACACUUGCCAUUUUGCCUCUAGCUUGCCCCUCACCCCUUCACCCCACUUAAAAAAAAGUUAUUUUUUCCAUCUGAAGAAUUCCAUUUUUUUUAAACCAACAAAGAAAUAUUGCAUUAGAAAUAUGGUAGAUUUACAAAAGAAACAGAACCAGAAUGGAAUAUUUUAGCGACUUGUGCUAUUUCUCAACAUGCUGCUGCUAACUGUUUGUGAAGAACUAGCUCAUCUCUUUAACCAUGUCCAACACUCAUUUAAGUUUCCUUAUUUUUCUUUUUUUUUUUUUUUUUGGUUCCCUGAUGUGAAUGUGUCUCUGUUUUGGUGUGUGUGUGUGUGUGUGUGUGUGUGUGUGUGUGUGCGCGCGCACGUGGAGUCCUUUCUGAGUGAUAAGGUAGCUGGUUGAAUUGUUUGGAUGUCUGCUACAUAUAGUGUAAGCAUUGUGACUGCAAAAUAAACGUCAUUGGUUUGUA